AUGUCGAUGGUUGCGUCGGCAUUGAUGCGUCAGGUUGAGAAACCAAAGGUGAUGAGCAAGGCCAUGACAUGGUCAGAACACCUUGCCUUCCGACAUGUUCCCUACAGAAGAGAUUGCAGAGUUUGCCAAGAAAGCUCUCAGCAGUGCCCACCGCAUCAAACAGUCAAAGAUCCCAUUGCAGGAGUCCUAUCCAUUGACACGGCUGGACCUUUGAAACCUGCGUAUGACCUUGGAGGACAUCAGGUUAGAUACUUCCUGGCAGGGGUGCUCACUUGGAGGGUUCCGAAAGGGACAGACAAAAUGAAAAAUCCGGAGGAGGAGCCUGUGCCGGAUGAUGCACCGGCGAUACCGGCAGAUCAGCCGAUGCCGUUGGGUGAGAACGGGCGAAGGCCUUGGGACGGGUCGGAGGCUGAUGAGCCUCUGGUCCAGCUCCCGGGCGUUGGUGAGGACGGGUCGGAGGCUGCGGAUGAGCCUCUGGUCCAGCUCCCGGGUGCGCCCCAAGGACCUCCCAAUUUGGACGAGGUCACUGAACUUCGAAGGUCCAGAAUGGCGCUACCAAUGGCAUCAAAGAAAGCCAAGGAGGUGGCCAACACGGUGAUGGAGUUUGUUCUCAGGUUGAGGACUGAAGGGUUCCAUGUUGGACGCAUUCACUCUGAUCAAGGUAAUGAGUUUGCCGGCGAGUUCAAAAGGUGGGCGAAGCAGAGGGGGAUCUAUUUGACAAAGACCCCUGGAGAUGAUCCCAGUGGAAAUGGAAGGGCGGAGGUCGCUGUCAAGGCCUUCAAGAACCAGAUCCGUCGAACUCUUAGAGAAGCAGAGGAGGACUCAAAGUGGUGGCCGUGGGCAUUGAGAUAUGUCAAUGAGGUCAACAGAUGCGUGCGCAUGGAGACCAAACCAGAAUGGCCGAGGUUUUUGCAGGAGGUGAGGGUGAGAAAAAGGACAUGGAACAAAGAUGACCUUUCUACACGAGUUGAGAAGGUUCGUUACCUUUGCCCUUCAGUUGAGAACCACGGCAGAGAUGCACAGGAGCGGAGGAGGCAUAUCAGAGGAAAGUCGGCAGUGCGCAAGAUGGAUGCGCCUGUGGCCAACCCAGAAGAGGUCCAGGAGGAGCUUGGAAAGGUUGGAAGGAUGAGAGUUCAGAAGGUGGUGGAAGAGGAGAUGCAGGGCUUGAUCAACGAUGUUGAAGAUGAGAAGGAGGAGAUAUUGCAGACCAAGAUUGUCUCCCCGAAGGAGGUCAUCAAGAAUUGGCCAGAACGGAUUCCAUCCGUGCAGAGCGAGGCGGAGUCCUUAACAGUGGAGAAGUCAGCGUUGAAAGAGCUGACGAAAGAGGAGGUAGAAAGGUGGGUGGUUUGCGGAAAUCAUGAGGAACGACGUGAUGGAGAAGAAAACUACUCCGCUGGUGCUGAUGCCACGGCAUUUCGCCUGCUGGCGUGGGUAUCUUCAAAGAUGAGGUGGGCUGGCUGCACUUUAGAUGCGCGCACGGCGUUUUUGAAUGCCGACAUGGAGCAGGAUCCUGACGAAGACCUACUUCUUGUUCGACCACCUCACAUUCUGAAGGAGACCAAAUUUUUGAGGAGGGAUGUGUUGUAUCAACCUCUCCGCGCAGUUUAUGGCUUCCGCAGGUCACCAAAGCUUUGGGGAGCCCAUCGGGAUUCAACCAUGAGGGGCUUCCGCAUUGAGGCGAUUUUAGAUGAGGCUCCAGUGACUUUGAGGUUGAAACCAAUGGAGUCAGAGCAGAACUUGUGGAAGGUGGUGGUGGAAGAGCAUGGUUUGCAGGAGGAUGAAGAGGAGUUGAUCUCGAAUGGCCGUGUUGUCGGCUUGGUGAUGACGUAUGUCGACGACAUCUUCAUCUCAGGCCAAAAGGAGGUCGUCAAAGAGGUGGCUGCGAAGUUUCAAAGCACAUGGAAGACUUUGACCCCGGAAGAGGCGGGUGAAGUGCCAGUGAGAUUUUUGGGCAUGGAGGUCACAAGCCGUGGAGUUGAGGGGGAGGAUCAAAUGGAAUGGAGGAUGACCCAGGAGUCCUACGUCAAAGACCUCUUUGCCCGAUAUGAAGAUCAUGGGAAGCAGCGAAAACUUCCCAUCACUCGAGACCAGGCGAUGAUGACGCCUGACACCAUGGAGCCAUCAGCAGAAAGCGUCAAGACCUCGCAGAAGCUGAUUGGCGAACUACUGUGGCUUGUCAGCAGGACCAGGCCUGAUUUGAUGUUUGGAGUUUCACGAAUGGGAGGAAAUGUCUUGAAGUCGUCCCAGUGCAUCAAAGAGACUGCAGCGCAGAUGCGUUCCUACCUCAAAGGGACCCAAUCAGAGGGGCUUUCCUAUAAAGAGAAGCCAGAGGAUCCAGUCACGCUGUACGUCUACUCCGACUCAAGCUUUGCUCCUGAUUCAGAUGAGUCGCAUGGAUGCUUUGUGGUCACGAUCAAUGGUGGCCUGAUGUUUUGGAGGAGUGGUCGACAGAGCACGAUCACCCUGAGCACGGCUGAGUCGGAGCUUAUGGAGUUGGUUGAAGCGAUGGUGGCUGGCGAAUCAGUCUACGUGAUCAUCUCCGAGCUCUUUGGCGAGGUCAACAAGAUGGCACUUUGUGAUUCCCAAGCUGCGUUGGCCAUUUUGGUGAUUGGCAGCUUAGGAGAACGCAUGGUUGCCGAUCUUGGCACAAAAGCAUUGACCUCCACAAGAAUCGAGGUUUUGAAGUCGAUGCUGGGCAUGAACAAGGUAGACCGUCCAGCAGAAGAAGAAGGAGAAGUGAAUGAAAAGCCCGAAAAGAAAGCGAUCAAAACAGGAGUUGCAGAAGUGGCCGCUACGGCCAUCAAAUUGAUCACACUGGCAGCCACUUUGCCAGUGUCCAAUGCGCAAGAAGAGGAAGAAGAGAACUAUGGAGAGCUCUGCCAACUGAUGAUGAUCUACACCGUCUUGGUGGUGCUGAUCACGAUUGUGGUCCAGACUUUGUGGAAGGUGGACACGCAACGUGGCCAGCGCUACAGAACAGUGGAGAGUGGGAUGACGGAAAGGUCCAGGCGUGGCUUCCAGUCCAGCUCCCAAAGGGGGCAGCUGCUCGCUGGUGAGAACGGGAGGAGAGACCCUCAGUCCAGCUCCCGGCUGAGCCCACUCAGCGGAGGGCCCCGAUCAAUGGGUCAAAGGGGUCAAAAUGCUUCCAGCUCUUCAGAAGGAAGCUCAUCAACUUCAACGAGUAUGACGGGUCACAUUGAGAAUGCCAUCCAAGACAUUGCUGCAGAUGAGGUGACGCUGUGGAGGCACUACAAUCAAAAGGGGCAUUUUCCGCCAAUUCAGGAAGAUCACUUUAAUGCUGACUUGGGCUUUUGGUGUUUCGCAUGGAACGGUGUACCAUGCCACCCGGUCGUGCACUCAAUUGCAGGGGCUGAGAACUGGGCAUGCCAGAGAAUUCCAGUGGUGCGAGCUUUGCAGUGA